CGUGAGUUCUCAUGAUUGAAGAUCUAAAACAGACAAGUAAAUAACAAAUUAUGGGCAUCUUCUUUCAACUUGUCGGCACAACUCUAUUAUGCUGUUCCUGCAUAAACAUGGGAGUCAUGAUGGCAUGGCCAUCUUCCACCAUCCUCCUCUUCAAAUCUUCUAACACGACGCUCCAUCGACCCAUGGGAGACGCGGAAGUAUCACUGUUUGGCAGUCUGCCCGCCAUAGGAUCGUUGAUAGCUAACCCCAUAGCUGGGGUAGUGUUGGAUAGGAUGGGGAGGAAGAAGACUGUUAUGUUGACUUCUAUGAUGUUUGUGCUAGCCUGGUCAAUAAUAGCGAUGACGUCACAAGUGGAAGUAGUCCUCACUGCCAUGUUUGUAGGAGGACUAGGGUUCGCUAUUUUCUUGGAGACCACUAUCUACAUCAGUGAGAUCAGCCAGGACUCCAUAAGAGGAACAAUGACAGCAGGACCGAUGCAAUUUUACGGCUUCGGCAUACUAGUCUCGUAUUUCCUAGGAGGAUACCUAACAUACAUACAUAUGGUGUAUGCCUGUCUAACCAUGGCCGUGGUUGGGGUGCUACUGCUUGCGGUCUUGAAGGAAUCGCCGUUGACUCUCAUGGCGAAUGGUAGGGAGGAGGACGCAGCGAAAUCAAUAGCAUUUUACAGAAGUAAAAAGACCAUUUCCAAAGAAGUGGUGCAAGAAUUAGACAAACUACGACGGAUUUUUAGUUCCAAUACAGAAGACGUUCAAUCUUUGACUGCGAUCGAAGAAAGACUUGGUCCCACAUUGGAGGCCAAGAAAAUGACAUGGUGGCAGUUUUUCAAAAAUUCACCAUCAACUCAGCGCGAAUUCUUCGUAAUAAUGAUCCUUAAAGUAGCGUUCGUGUUCCAAGGGCUACCAGUAGUCCAGGUUUAUGCAGAGCCAUUAUUUGCCGAAGCAGUGCCCAGUGACGUCAUAUCGCCCAAUCUCUGCAGUUUGCUAAUGGGAGUUGUGGUGAUUAUAGCCGGGAGCAUUGCUGCGUAUCUGACGGAUGUCGUUGGGAGACGGCCGCUUCUAAUUUACUCAUCAAUAGCAGCUGGUUUCUGCUGCAUAGUACUAGGAACGCAGAUCUUGACGGAGUGGGGCCCAAAGUGGACGAUACCCAUGUUCAUUUACAUAUUCACGGCAUUCUAUACUUUUGGAGCAGGAACAGUGCCUGUUGUGGUGCUGGCUGAAGUGUUUUUACCAGAAGUAAAGAGCAUCAUGUCGAUGUUAGCAGUGGAAUGGGCGUGGAUUCUCAACUUCCUUAUCCUAUUUGUUUUCAACCUCCUGGUGACUUCUGUUGGCCUGCCCCCGGUCUUUUAUUUCUUCUCUUUUGUUUGCUUCUCUACUGCUGUAUUCUUCUUCUUUUUCUUACCGGAGACUAAGGGGUUGCCAGUUUAUGCCAUACAAGAGUUGUUCACUAAGAAAUGAAUUUGUUAUAUUGUUUAUGUUGUAAAUAAAUGUUUUUGUAAGGAUA